CAUAAAUCCGCCGUGAUGCAUGUCAUGUUAUACAGUGUACCAAGAUUUUAUUAAGGCGACAUAAAAAUUACAAGGAAAUAAUAAAGUCCAGUUCGCUCGUAAUUAAAUAAUAAUAAAUAAUGUCCAAAUUAAACGGAGAAGUUCUUUAUUUGAUACUCAAAGAGUUGAAUAAAAUUGAAAAGCCUCUUUAUACUUAUCUUUUAAUUAAUAAAUCUUGGUGUGAGAUAAUUAUUUCAACUCUGUGGAAAAAUCCUUGGAAAUACACUAAUUUUUAUCACGAAGAGAAGUUACUAUUAGAAGUAAUCAUUUUACAUUUAUCAAAUGAAACAAGAAAUAAAUUAGUUAUGCUAGGUUUUGAUUUUUCAUUAUUUAAUAAUAUUAGUUUUUGUAAGCACUUAGAUUUAAUCGCAAUUGAACAUACAAACUCAAUGGCUGGAGCUAAAAUUUAUGAAAUAGAUUUUUUUAUGAAUGAAAUUAUUCGUCUUUUUGUUAAUGAUGAAAAUACAAAUAUUACACAUCUUUAUAUACCCAAUUGUCAAAUACAUCUUAUUCCUGAAGCUAAGCGUUUAGAAUUGGCUAGUGAUUUUUACAAUGAAAAAUGGCAUUGUCUAGAAAAUUUAUCUACACAUUUUUUACAAAUUUUAAGAGCUAGAAGGGUUUCAAUUAAACCUUUAGCAAGAUUGAUUGAAAAUACAAGUGGGUAUCUCACAGAAUUUACUAUUAAUAAUGAAGGUGAUAAUACUUUGAAUAAUAGAAUAAUUAUUCAAGCUAUUUGUAAAAAUCUUAAAUAUCUUAAGUUAUCACUUAGGAGUGCAAACAUAUUAGAAUUAGAAAAAUUAUUAAUUAAUUGUCAAUAUUUAGAAGGAUUAUAUAUUCUUAAAAUUGAUGCUAUUGAUUGGGGUAACUUAUUUGAAAUAUUGGCAAAAUCAUCACCAAAUAGACAUCCAAUGUUAUUACAUUUUAUACAGAUUCUUCAAUUUGGUUUAGAACAUAAAAAUUUAAUAGAAAAAUAUAAGGAAGAAGGAAUAGUUAAAUUUUCGCCUACAAUAUUUUUAAUGAAGAUUUUGAUGGGAUUAAAAGAAAAAUAUAAUUAUCUUUAUAUGUUAAAUUUUUUUCCAUAUUAA